AUGUCUGGCUCAAUCUCACCACUCCGCAGCAUUCUCAUCCUACUACAACCAUUAGUGUCUGGAGCACUCCUAGCCGCAACACAUUGGUAUCCAGAAGAAGUGAAGACGUUUCUCUCGAGCACCAUCAUCAAGGACACAGUCGGACUCAGCACCAUCAAAGCAGGACUGUUACCGAUCGUCCUGUUCCUAGUCUACCACGCCAACAAGCACCUCGAUCGCCUGGCCCUCAACAAUUUCACGUCAGACACGACGUGGGACUGGAAGCGUGAAGUCGUGCUUGUAACGGGCGGCAGCAGCGGGAUUGGAGCGGCGAUUGUACGAGACUUCUCAAGACGGGGCAUCACGGUUGUGAAUGUCGACAUCUCACCGCCUCCGCCCUCGAAAGGAUCAACCCCGUUAUCAAAAGUCCACUUCUACAAGCUCGACGUGCGCUCCAGCGCCGCCCUCAGCGCAGUAGCAGAGAAGAUCCGCGGCGAAGUCGGCGCACCGACCGUGGUGAUCAACAACGCCGGGCUCGGCGGCGGACAACUGGUGCUCGACGAGAGCGACGAGACGCUCGAACGCACCGUGGCUGUCAACCUGGUCGCGCACUUCAAGAUAGCCAAGGAGUUCGCGCCGGACAUGAUCGCCAAGAACCACGGGCACGUCGUCACGGUCGCGAGCAUGGCGAGCUUUGUCGCCGUGACUUCGAGCGCGAGCUACGCCGCCACGAAAGCCGGUGUUCUCGCUUUUCAUGAGGCGUUUGCCGGGGAGUUGAGGUGGCGCCAUCGUGCGUCGAGAGUGCGUAUGACAUCCGUCCAUCCGAUGUACGUGCGUACGGCGCUCACGGAAGCACUGGUGACAAGUGCGCAAUGGAAGAAAACCCCGCAAGUCCUGCUCGAGGCCGAGGACGUCGCAGCGGCGGUCGUGGCACAGGUGCUCAAGGGUGAAAGUGCACAAUUGAUCCUCCCGCCGCGAAUGGGCUUCGUCACCACCCUGCGCGGCUGGCCCCAUUGGAUGCAGAUCUAUGCGCGGGGACUUUCGAGGGACUUGAUUUUUAAUCCGAAAUAG